UUGGGCGAAGAUUUUCCCACAACUGUAAUGACAAUAUAUCUUUAAGGACAAUAUAUUGAUCGUCUUCUAGUUAAUUAGGACAUCUAGUUUACUUAAACUGUCUACCUGUUCAAAGAAUUGUUCUCCAGGAGCAACAGGCACCACCAUCGCCGCAAAACAGGCAUGUCAUGCUGAAAUUGUUGUUUGUAUUUCAUUUUAGUGCACAAUACAAAAUACAAUCUUGAGGAUGACACUGCGUGUUGAAAAGUACUUACAACUGAGUAGUCAAACUGUGACUCCAUAACGAUGUACAUGGCAGACUUAAAAAAAAAAAUUAUGAGACAACAUGUGAGAUAACUUUAAAAAAGUCCAUGUUGGAAAGUUAUUCUAGAUACAAUAUUUGUGCAUUACAGCUCGUUAUGACCUACCAUCAACAUGAAUAUGCCACAGUCUGAGCCGAAGUCCUGGCUGGGGAAGCCCUGAUUUAACAAAAGCAAACGUUAAUCAUCUUGUCACAUACACUUUGUAGGAGCCAGAUUGGGGUUUUGCAGUUUAUUGUUAUGUAUUUUUUGUGCCAGCAGAUGGUGCUAUUGUGCCUGUCUAUUUAAUGGGUGGGUUGAUUAGGACAGGUGCGCACAUAAAAUGAUGAAUGAGUAAAUAAAUCAAAACAACAGAAAAUAUGGAUGGUGUGACAUGUGACAUUAUUCCACCUGCGGGCACGCAUCAACUCAAGCAAAAAGGUGUUUGCCACAAGUAACAGCAUUGGAAAGCUGUUAUACACUUUUCAACUGUAAUAUAGAGCAUGCACAAAUACCUCUAAAUCUCUGCCCGUUUUCUCAGUCCAUUGCCCAGGACAUAUCCUCUGCGCAAUGUUUCUGUUAAUUUGAGAGUGUCACUUAGAUUUCCCAUGAUGGAAACAAUGGAAUGCAGGGUUAGGGUUAGUUUGAGUGGGUCGCAGGUGAGAUUGAAUGAAUGCAGACGGCUUGCUUCUUUUCAAACUUCCUGAGAGUUCUUCUUCUGUAAAUUUUGCCGUCAGAAAGUGUAGGUGCAUACCGCCACCUACUGUUCUGGCAUCGCAAAGCGGAAGUUCAUGUUUUGGGUCCGCCAAUCGGAGGUAAUGCGGAAAUUCAUUGCGCCAAUCGGAGGUAAUGCGGAAAUUCAUUGCGUUUGUUCAUUGCGUUUGUUCAUCUUUUGUCCGCCAUCUUUGCGCUGCAGUUGGGUACUCUUGUUUUGGAGCCCUUAAACCCUCCCACACUCAAGCACUUACCAGCUGACUUAACCUAAGCUAAUGAGGGUGCAGGGCUUGAGGGCUUAGGGUGGAGUUUGGAAUUGGGCCAUGGUGUUUUGGGAUUUGUGGUUGCGUUUUCUUUUUUGCGUUUGUGUUUUGCACUUCCAGGCCACCGUCGACACAGCCUAUGGGUUACACACUAUGGGUUACACACACGUAUGUUCGCUCCUCCGCGCCGGUAGGUGGCGCUCUGAGCUCAGCGAGUUUUCUCACCGGAAAAGCACAAAGAAGAAAAAGAUGGCGGGUCUGUGGAUGUAAACAAAGAUGUGAGAUUGAGCUCUGGAAGCUUCUGAGUGAUUUUAAUUUCUCUGUUAGUGAAAAUGAGAAGAAAAGACGGAGGAGAGGAAGAGGAGGACUCACUUGUCCGUACACACUGAAGGUGAGAGAGAUUUGAAACACGUGACCUGUUAGCUCCGCCGGCUAACCCAGAGGCUAACUCUACUUUAAUAACAUCCCUGAAUAAACAACAUUAACUCUGUUAUACUGCAGUAUUUGUACUUCACUGAGGCAGUACAUUUACUGUAAAUCAGAGCUGAUGAAAAUACUCACCUCUCCGACCUUCUCUGAUUGCAGUAAUUUUAGGUUAAACUCUUUAAAAACAACAAAAACUUAAGAAAAUAAAGAGUUUAUUACCUCUGCACAGCUCCGCUUUAAUAACGUUUUUAAUAUUAAUGUCCUUGGUAAAGUUAAAGUCAGGUCUGUGUGUGUAUGAAACAUGAGAGGAUUUAAGAGACUCUGGUCCUGACAGAUUUAUAAUCAGAGAAAGUUCAGGAGUUUUAUAACACAGUAAUUCCUAACUGGUCUCACUCUGGGAACCACAUUUUCCCACUUUUAUAAAAUUAAAAACAACAAAAUUUAUUUUUUAUACAAAACACCUUUGAAGACUCAAAUCUUUAACAUGAAUACACCUAUUUUAGUGAGUAAAUUGCAUUUCAGAGUACAUGAACUAAGGACGACAACUACUAAAGUUGCUUAAAAUAUCAAAUUGCACAAAAUGGAGACCAGCAAAAUGAAAAAUUUGACUUAUUUGCAUCUAUGCAUUCAGAGCAUAUUCAAAAGAACCUGAGGAGGAUAAAAGUGAAUAAAAAUCAAAUUACACAAAAUAAAAAAAUAGACGCCGUCUGCCUUCUUGCUGGGUGAAGCCACUCUGAGAACAGCGCCCUCUGGUGAUGGGCUGCAGUAUAGGUCAUAAAUCCUGCCUCCUUAUGGAGCUGUGGACAAACUUUAUAAAUUAAUGACACCGAAUAUAAAUGUUUCUCCCCCCUGCUUGCGUUGUUGACAUGUAGUUACUGUCAGACUGGUUUGUGCUCAAAUCCUCUUUUUUUCUGUACAGCUCCACUUUUAAAAGUUAUUAGGGGGUUCAUGUUUUCUUUGAUUGACACUUAAUACAGCCUAUUGGCGUUCAGGGAUUGUGUAGCUCACCCGGGGAUAGGCUGUUUGAGCCGAGCGUCAUCACAGCAACUCUUAGCGACUCUCCCGGCCAAAUGCGCACAACCCUACUGCGCAAUGUUGGUUUAAUGCAAUGAAGAAAAAUCCCGGAAAUACCGAGAACUUUUUGGCUUCAAAUCCACACACAGGCGGGAGGCGGAACCAAGUUAUCCAUAUUAUAUACAGUCUAUGGCCAGGACCCACCAGUUGAUAACCACUGAUCUAACACAUCAUAAACCAGAAGGUGCUCUGCCUGACUCUUAAUACCUCCAAUCAGCAUAUGCAGUAUAUCCUCCGCAGUCUGUUGGUUUACUGAACUUCUGAUCAUCGAAGUGUGUAAUAAAGAGUUUUUGUUUUUUUUCUGAACUUUUGGGGGACAGAGCCUUCUCCGCUGCUGCCCCGACCCUCUGGAAUUCACUCCCCAAACCCAUCCGAGACUGUUCAAACCCCCACAACUUAAAUCACUCCUUAAAACAGACCUUUUAAAUUGGUUUUUAACCUGUGAACUGCUCUGUUAUUGUCUUGCAACAUUGUGUCUUUUUUUAACCUUCUACACUGUUGGUCGUAUUACUCAAAAUUUUCUGUAUUUUAAAUUGUGUUUUUUUUUUUGUAAAGCGUCUUUGAGCACCUGAAAAAGCGCGUUAUAAAUAACAUUUAUUUAUAUUAUUAUUUGUUUUAUUCAGAUUGACACCUUCAGAGUUUUACUAUGUAAAAUCAGCUCCUAACAGAAAGAGAUUUUCUGAUCAUCGUAGUGUCGUGGAAGUUUUUCUCUUCCGUCGCUGCUGGUGAAUAAUGAAAUAGAGACUUCUGCCGGCCGACAAGGUUUUAUUUUUCUUUGCAAAGAAAAGGUCAAUCUGCAUCCGAGCGGUUAGAAUCCAGAAAGACCCCGAACAUGGGGAAAUCAGAACAUUUUAUGCUUGAGGACCGCCCCUCAGAGGGCAAGGAAUGGGGCUUUGAUGUUGGCACCAUUUGUUUUCUGUGGGGACUGUCACUUCACCCCCCUGGGGUGGUGGUGGGGAUGUUUCACACCUGUAACGUCCUGCAGGAUGUUGAUUCUUGAUGUCUAGACAUCAUGAUUAAUUGAUAUGUUGAUUACAAAGUCUGUUGUGGGGGGCACCUCAAGCAGUUCUUAACAAAGACAUUAAAAUUACAAUUACAGUAGUUAAUAUAGUCACAUUUUCAGCGACGUGAAGCGACAGUUUUAAUAAUAAUAAUUAGUGGUGCAACGGAUCUCAAAACUCACUGAUCGGAUCAAGAGUCACGGAUCGGAUCAGCAAAAAGCAAAAAAAAACAAAAAAAAUCAAGACAAAUAAACAUACGUUUUGUCUGUUUAUUAAACACUUAAAUGAUUCAAUUAAAAUAUAUAAAAGUAGUGCACAAGGCAUUAUAUCUUCUUUUUAACAUAAUUAUUAAUGAAAAACAACUUAAGUGCAAUAUAUAGGCAUAUCUCCUUCCUUUAAAAUGUAAAAAUGAAGUGUGCGCGCGAUGGGAUGCCGUAACGUGGCUCAAGCACUUUCAGCAUGUUUUUAAAGCCCUCAUUUUGCACAACUGAAUAUGGCCUCAUGUCUGCUAUAAACACGCCGAUGGCGUUUGUGAUAGCUUCAGCCCGGUCGGAUGCGCAGGAAGAGGCUGCAUAAAUGCUGUGGUGAUGAGUGGUUGUUGGCCAGCUUUCGUUUUAUCUCCAGUGUUGUGCCAUAGAAUGCACCCCUGCCGUAAAAUGCACCCCCUAACGGGAGCGCGGUUGAAAGUACAUAACAAGGCGAAAUAAUAUAAGUUUUCCUUACAUUGGAUGGAUUGAAACGCAUUUGCCUUCAAUAAUUUCAUUCAGGCUAUUCAUAUAAGCCAAAAACAACAGCCCUCGGAAUAUUGCUGUCCCGAAAAUAUAAUGCUCUCUACCUGGACAGCUUACUGUACAGUUUAUAUACCCAAGUACACCUCUAUAUGUGCAAUUUUGAGACACAUAAAAAAAAAAUGAAAGUUUGCUGCUCCAUUUGACAUGUUGCCAUGAUCUAAUACUCGUGUUUUUUUUUUAUAUGAGAUCAUUAUCUCCACUUUAAGAAGCUAACGAGUGGAGGGGAUGCAGGGGGUGCGUUCUACGGCAUGGGUGCAAUCUACGGCACAACACUUGUCAGUAAAACACCCGGGUGAUGUCGCUUCAAAUGCGUGAACAUGCUCGAUGUGUUUCCACUGUCAUAUGGCUCUCUUAUGCCACAGUGCCUACACACCAUCGCAGUUUUGUCCACUGACCUCUUUCCUUCUUCAUCAUAAUUGACAAGAAAGCCAAAAUGCUCCCAUACAGUGGAUUUAAGAGUCGCGGGGCGUUCAAGCUCCUCCUUUUCUUCUGCUCGCCAUGUCUGCCCUCCUCCUUUCUCCGCUAGCCACAAGCUGUGUGCGGACGGAGCAAAACUUUUUUUUUUUUUUCAGAAAUCAAUCCGUGGGUCACGUGUGUGCCGAACCGAUGACGUCGAUACGAACGGAUCACGGAUCAAUGAUGAUCCGUUGCACCACUAAUAAUAAUAAUAAUAAUAACUUUAUAUUUAUAGCACUUUUAAAAACAAGACCUCCAAAUUGAUGGCCAAUUUCAUUUGUCAUAAGAAACCCAGACAAUAGAAGAACCCUACAACAUAUAAUGAGACCAUGAGGACCAAAAAAAAAAAAACAUAAAAUAGGUAAGAAAAAGAAAUGUAAUAAUAAAGGAGGUAGAAAGCAGGAAACAGGAUAGUAAAUAUAAAAAGACAAUAUUAAUAAUGAUAAUAAAAUCAUAAUAAAAUACGAUCAGAUGUUUUUUUAUACAGACACAGGUUUUUUAAUUACCUUGCUGACAUGUUUCACGUGCCAUCAACCGGGGUGAGGGGGCAUAUAUGCUAUCCCACACCUGGAGUGCCAUAUUGCAGGGGGCGAGCAGGCAGCUGAAGGUGUGACCGAUCUGUCAAACUGACGGAAAGAUCACGCCUUCGGAAACAUCAGCUGUUUUAAGACGCGUCACACAACCAUCAUGUGACACUCUGAGGAAGACUGCUGUAAGCAGGUCAAAACAUGUCAGCAAGGUAAAUAAACCUGUGUCUGUAUAAGAACAUCUGAGUGUAAUUUAUCAAGAAAGACACAAUGACCCUAAUCUAAGAAUUAUGCAUAAUAAAUAAUAAUGAUGGUAAUAGUAAUGAUAAACUGGAAUAACAAAAAUGAGAAGGAAAAAAACAAUAAAAUCUAUAAAAGGCCUAAAAGGAUAAUAAAACAAAGGCUUAAAGGAUAGAAAGUCCAAAUAAGAUAAAAGAGAAAAGACAUCAUCACAUUAAAGCAAGUCUGUAAAAGUGAGUUUUUAAAUUUAACUUAAAAGAAGCAACUGUUUCUAUACGCCUUAUCUCCUCUGACAGGUCGUUUAUUCUGCUCUGUGAUUGGUCCAUCAGGAUCCAGAUUUACCUCCAGUUUUAUCUCAACUGCCUGAUCCAGUCUGACCUGAACUAGUCCACCCUCACCUGGUUCAGCCUCACCUGGUCCAGUCUGGUGUGGUCGGUCCAGUCACUCCUCUGACCGUGAGACCUAGGAAGUAAUGGCGAGUCGAGGCAGGGGGCGGGGCCUCAGGCUGAUGAGCUUUAGCGUGGAAGCUGUGGGCAUCACCAGAGGGGACAGUUUACCUCCGUCCAUCCAACAACCCACACCUGUGUAUCCUGUAAGACACACACACACACACACACACACACACACACACACACACACACACACACAGCUUAACAUACAGCGGCUGUCAGAGAGAGAGCAAGCAGUGCAUUCUGGGAAUUGUAGUUUACCCUGUUUAUGUGUGUUUGGCACAGACGAUGGAGCGGAAGCCCCUCCCCCUGACAGGCGGGGAGGAGGCGGAGUAUCUGCUGGCACUGAAACAAGAGUUCAGAGGAGCCAUGAAGGGUCUGCCCUGCUUUAUCCAACCAGCUGCUGCAGCCAGAGGUCAAGGGUCACACGCACGCACGCACGCACGCACGCACAGGUGAUCAGCAGGUAGCUUUAUUUUGAAAGUCUCUCCUGUUUCCUGUCAGAUGUGGAGAGAUAUUCAGAUAAAUAUCACCAGAGCGAGCAGGUGGACCUGACCACAGACUGGACUCUAGGUUAGACUCUUCAUCAUCAUCAUCAUCAUCAUCAUCAUCAUCAUAACAGUGCUGCCUGUUACAGAGUGAAGUAUUAUUGUUAUACUCAGAGGUACUUCAGUAAAAGUACUGCAGUAUUUUCUUGUUGUUUCAGACUGGAGGAGACUUCCUAAAGAACUGCGAGUCUGUAAACCUGCACCGACAGGUGAGCAGCAAAGCUUCAAGAGUUCUUUUUAUGUUUCGGGGCCCGAUGAGGGUCACAUGAUCCUCCUGGUCUGACCUCCUGUUUUCCUCUCUGACCACUUGGCUGAAAACCUGCUGAUUCAGCUCCAGGCUGUCUGUGAUACUCAGCAGAAAUAUUAGAGCUGGAUCAUCAGAGUAGGACUGAUCCAGUUUAUCAACAGUCAUCCGUGAAAAACUCAGCUGAACUUACACAACCUGCUGGGCCUGACGUCAGCCCUAAAAACUGGACCUGAUUUUAGUUUCAUACAAACGCUAAACCAGGUUCAGCUUUUAUUAAAGCUACAUUUUCUUUUUAAAGGUGGGGUAGGCAGGAAUCCGUUAAAAAAGCAUCUUUUUUUGUGGUGUAUUUACAAAAUAAUCUUUUAAUAUCAGUCAAUAGUUAUUAGUUAUUGAUAUUUGGUAAUAUAACAAUAUCUCUGUGUUUUCUUAUGUCUGUGUAUUUAACAUUUUAAAAUUUUUGAGCGGUCCGCUCUUUCUGACUGUAAAGCCAUUCUCCACCUCCCCGACUUGAUUGGUUGUGAGGCAGACACUGCUCCCUGUGUCGUUCAGGAGUCCAAAUAAAGUUAGCGUGCUACAAUAUCGGACAGUAGAAACCAUCCAGAAAGUACAGAAAAUUGUCUGAAUCCUCUUUUGGCCACGACUGCCAACACAAGCAAGAAAACAAAGUAAAUACUGGAGACUCUGGAAGAGUAACGGGCGCUUAAAACGGAGGUAGACCGGACAAGAGCUAAAAAGCCGGGUCAACAUAAAUGAUGGGGGAUGCUUCGGGAUCUUGGUGACCCUGUAACCUUUCUGCUGGACAGGUGAACCACUUUAACCAAGUAAGCCAAGUGUCUGUAACAGAAGUGUUUCUUGUCAAAUGGGACCUGCUGUAGCGUGUUGUAUCGCCACUAAACUGUUGACCUCGGGUCCUGGACUAUGUCACUUUAUCCUAGUUGUAGAAGUCCUGCAAACAUUGGCCCUCAUUUAUCAAGCUUGCGUAUGGCAGAAAACUUGCGUACACCUUGCAUACGACAAUUCUGACGUGAGGAUCGGCAUUUAUCAAUCUGCACGUGAGCGUACGCUACAACAAAAUCUCAAGACACGUCUGACAUUGUGUACGCAAGUUUGAGUCAGUGUGGGUCUGUGGUGAAACAAAUGUCUCUCAAAAUAAUUGAUAAACAAACCUCAAACCUGUCAUUAAGCACAACAGUCAGAUUUCAUUAAAGAAUAAGAUGUAAAUCAAAUAAAAUAAAUUUGUCAUGUCCUUAGUGAAUAGGCCUAUUUGAUAACUCUGCCCAGAAACACUGCCACAGAGCAGGAGCACCGUUUCAACAUUGCGCACACACCAUUUGGUGAGGUUAAUAAUUAUUUUUGUUCAGCCUAUGUCAGACACUCCAGUCUACUCUCCAGUCUGCUGGAGCAGAGAGGAAGGGGAGAGGAGGAGCUGAGGGGAAAACUGGUUGGGAGGGGUAGAGUUUACAUUCAAGAUUUCUCCUAAAAACUGGAACUUCCUUAGAUCCUGACUACAAUACCUUCAACUUCCUUCAAACUUGAUUUUCUAACAAAGUCUAUAAACACUAAACAGGCGGGCACAUUUAUGAAAAAAAACACCUAACCCUAAAAAAAUUCUAACAAAGGUUUCUCAGCUUUUUUUUUAUAGUAUUAGAUGUCCUUAAUAACAAACUAAAAGUUUACCAAAGUUUGACCACUAGAAAGGUGUCAUUUUCAAGAUGGCGUCCAUGAUGUGUUGGAAACCCAGGGAGACACCCCAGGUAAAUAGGGUAACAUUUUUAACUAACAGAUAUCACCAUGAAACUUCAUAAGUUUAUAACUUACAUUAAGACAAAUAUUUUUCAUAUUACAAGUUUUGUCAAAUGUUAUGUUUAAAUAUGUAAAUGAUGUAAUAUCUAAUUAAAUUUGCACUAAUUUACAUACAUUUACAGAACCAAAAACUGAACAAUGGAUAAAGCCUCUUUGAAAAUUCUCGUUUUAUUUUGUUGACAUACUAGAGUCAGAAAGGUGGGAGGAGGGGACUUUGGAUAUCUCUUUUUAUCACUCUGUAAAUGAGAAAAUACUCUCAGCACCCCUAAAAAUUCAAAUAUCUCCAUGCGACACUGUCUGUGGGGCAUUAAGUUGUACUUGUAAUCAUUUAUCUAUCAUACAAAUAUGCUAAUUAGAAUAUUACAUGGUCAAAACAUGUAUCAGGCGCCAGUAUUCCUGGUCUAAAAUGAAUACAAAGGAGUAAUGGUCAUUUUAAGGACCUAAAAAAAACAUUUUUUUCGGGGUGGUGACCGACUCUAGUAUGUCAACCAAAUGAAACAAGAAUUUUGAAAGGGGCUUUAUCCAUUGUUCAGUUUUGGGUUCUGGAAAUGUCUGUAAAUUAGUGCAUAUUUCUUUCUUUCUGUCUUCUUUAUUUAUCUCAAACUUUAGGAAUAACAAAAAAAACAACAGCUAGAAACAAAAACACUGAACAAAAUAAUACAUAUGUUCACCAAACAACUGCAUGUCAAAGAUACAUUUACACAACAUAUGUUUGUAAAAAAUAAACAGUUUGAGAAGAAACAGAAUGAAGCAAAGUGUUUAUCUAGUCCUGCCCUUUCCUUGCAAAUUUGAGAUUUAAAAAAAGGAAAAAUCUAAUUGUAUAAAUUACAAAGAUCUGUUAAAAUGCCUACAUAUUAUUAUAUUACACAAAGUAACACUACAUAGGUUACUUAUUAUAACUACUUGCAUAUUAUAAUAAUAAUCAGUGUUAUAAUAUUGAGAAUUAAUAUCAUUUCUAUGCAAUCAGGUAUAUCUAGUAUGAAACCAUAUUUUUGUAAGUUUACUUAUAUGAAUCUUUUAAUACUUCUCUAUAGUUUGACAUUUUUAAAGUGACAUGAUCCAGGCUGUUCCAGAGUUUAACACCACAAACAGAAAUGCACAUACUUUUUAAACAUACCGUUUUAAAAUUGACUGUCACUAAAUUUUAACAAUUUUGAUUUUUUUUUAUUAAAUAUUUUUUAUUUAAUUAGACAUUACCUCAUUUACAUAUUCAAACAUAACAUUUGACAAAACUUGUAAUAUAAAAAACAUUUGUCUUAAUGUAAGUUAUAAACUUGUGAAGUUUCAUGGUGAUAUCUGUUAGUUAAAAAUUUUACCCUAUUUACCUGGGGUGUCUCCCUGGGCUUCCUACCCAUCAAGGACACCAUCUUGAAAAUGACGCCUUUCUAGUGGUCAAACUUUGGUAAACCUUUAGUUUGUUAUUGAGGACAUCUAAUACUAUAAAGAAACCUUUGUUAGAAUUUCUUUUGGGUUAAGUCAUAUUUGCUCCUGACUAAAAGAAAAACACACACACAGAAGGCCUGACCAGCUCUGCCUGACCUGUGUUUUUAUGCCCUGCUCUCUGUCUGUCAGGUGUCUCAGCUGCUGGUCGCUCUGACAAAGUUCAGCCGCCUCAGAAAAUGAAACGAGUGAAAGAAAAAGAAGAAGUCCUGAUCAAACUGGAGGUAAGACCUGAACCGGUUUUACCAACCUGACAGUCAGCACUCUGGGAACUAACAUGAAACAGUCUCCUGUUAAUUUAAAUCCAUCCAAACUAACAUCCUGUUCACCUGAUUACAACUCCACCUAAUUAGACUCUGGAGAAGAAAGAGGAGAGGGGGAGCUCUGGGGAGGAGGAGGAGGAGGAAGAAGGGGAGGAGAAGAAGAAGCAGGAGGAGGAGGAGGCUGAAGGGGAAGAGGAGUACGAUGAAGAGGAGUUUGAAGAGGUGAGUGAGUCAACUUCAAAAAUUAUGAUUUUAUGAAUGAGGUUUGGUUUGACUGUGUGUUUGUGUGUUUGUGUGUUUAGGAGACGGACUACGUCAUGUCGUACUUCGAUAAUGGCGAAGAGUUCGGAGGAGACAGUGACGACAACAUGGACGAGGCUAUUUACUGAACCAAUAUGGACGAGGCUGUUUACUAAACCAACAUGGACAACAUGGACAAUGCUAUUUACUGAACCAACAUGGACGAGGCUAUUUACUGAACCAGCUGCACCUUUUCAUCACUUUUUAGUUUUUUUUUACUUUGUGUGUGUGUGUGUGUGUGUGUGUGUGUGUGUGUGUGUGUGUGUGUGUGUGUGUGUGUGUGCAGAGGAGCCGCCCAUCAGCUUGUUUGAAUGUUUUAUAAACAGUAGAAAAGUGAAAACAGUUAAAGUUGUUAAAAAAGAGCUCUGCAGUCUUUUAGAAGAAAAUAUUUUUUUUGUCUUUUUUUAUUUGUGUUUUAUCGUUUUAAAUGUUCGUAAAAAAAAUUUCAAGUUUGUUGGAAAAUAAAAACAUGAAACAAAAUGA